AUGGGAGUAUCAAAACGCCGGCAGCAGCACGCGGCGCUCGUUGCGCAGCUUGUGGCUGUCAAGGAAAAGCAGCAGCUACUCCAUGAGGAAUCUCUCGCAUUUGCGAUGGACCCUAUAGCCCCCGAGAAGGCAGCCGCCCAGCGCUCCCUGCGUUCGUUGUGUCACUUGACCCCUGAAGUAACGGUACUAUGUGCACAGACUGGCGCGGUCGUCGAACGUGUUGCGAACGCGAAUGACGUUGCAGAGAAGAUGACGCGCGAUGUGCGACGUCUGGACGUGAUCCAGUCGCGCUUGAGCGUGGUAUUGGAGCAGUCGGCGCAGCUCCUGGACGCUGCGCAACGCGUUAGCAGGCGUUCGACGUGCCAUGCAGCAGCAGAGGUACCCGGAAGCUGCUACUUUCUUACAGACACUUAA